AAGGCCGCCCCAGCGGGCGUUGGCAGCGGGUUUCGCACAGUCCAAUGAGGGCGGGCGGCGUGGCCCGGCCUGGUAGCGACGAUGACGCGCCUGCGCAGAGGCAGAAGCGCGACUGGGGUUGACUCCGGGGGCGCGGCGAGGAGAGACAUGAGGCUGAGCUGGGUCCUGACAGUACUGUCCAUCUGCCUGAGCGCCCUGGCCACUGCUGCGGGGGCCGAGGGCAAACGGAAGCUGCAGAUCGGGGUCAAGAAGCGGGUAGACCACUGUCCCAUCAAAUCGCGCAAGGGGGACGUCCUGCACAUGCACUACACGGGGAAGCUGGAAGAUGGGACGGAAUUUGACAGCAGCCUGCCCCAGAACCAGCCCUUUGUCUUCUCCCUGGGCACAGGCCAGGUCAUCAAGGGCUGGGACCAGGGGCUGCUGGGGAUGUGUGAGGGAGAAAAACGCAAGCUGGUGAUCCCAUCAGAGUUGGGGUACGGAGAGCGGGGAGCUCCCCCAAAGAUUCCAGGUGGUGCAACCCUCGUGUUUGAGGUGGAGCUGCUCAAAAUCGAGCGACGUUCAGAACUGUAGCGAAACUGGGGAGGGGCAGUGGAGAGGCCCCCAUCAGGGACCAGACUGUUUAAAAUAAAAAACAAAACAAAAACAACAACAACAAAAAAAACCACACAAAAAAAAGACCCUUAAAGUCCAUGAA